AUGGAGGAUCUAGUGCUAAACUCAAUGCGCACAGGGACUUGUACUUCACGUCCCGUUUUCUUUCUCUUUCCGUCUCCCUGCUCUUCAAGCCGACCCGCGCGCAGGUUCCUUUACCCCUCAGCGCUGGACCUGGAGCCUGGACUCGACGAUAAGCAGUCGGGUGGGGGUUUCAAGGAAUCCAAGGCGCACAACCCCGCCGACAUCGUGAUAGGGCGAGCAGGGCUCGAGUCAAAGUUGACAGGGCCUCUGACCAGAGCCUGUCCAGAGGUGACAGGGUCAGAGAGGAACCCGGGAAAAGCUUUGCGGAACGCCGACAUUGAGAAGUUGAGCGUAUUUGUUGCAAACGGAAGAAUGGAUCGAAAGCUGCACGAAUCGGUCGAUUGA